AUGAAUGUUCAAAUCCUAUCCACAAAAUUGAUAACUCCAUCGCCUCCAACUCCUCACCAUCUUCAAAACUUGAAAGUAUCAUGGAUUGAUCAGUUUUACCCACCACGUAAUUUUGUACCUUUGAUUUUCUACUAUCCAUCCAAUGGUGAUGAUCAAAACAACGUAGAAAGAAGUAAGCAAUUGCAAAAAUCAUUAUCAGAGACAUUAACCAUCUUCUACCCACUUGCCGGAAGAUACAUUGACGACAAUCUCAUCCUGGAUUGUAAUGACAAGAGAGUUGAAUAUGUAGAAGCCCAAGUGAAUGGCUGCCUCUCACAACUUCUCGAAGGAGGAGAACUUGAGACCGAGUUGAGGAACCAUUUGGCUCCACAUCCGGUUCAACCUUACCACAGGCCUCUAGUGUUAAUUCAAUUCAACAUGUUCGAAUCUGGUGGGGUGGCCAUUGGUGUAUGCGUGACACACAGGGUAGCUGAUGCAUAUACAAUUUUUGCAUUCAUUAAUGCUUGGGCUACAGCAUGCAAAUUAGGGAUUGAUAAAAUAGAACAUACCCCGAGUUUCCAAUUAUCUUCCUUCUUCCCAUCAAGAGAAACAAUAUCUUGUCCUAAUCCAGUCAUCGGAGACAAUCAAAAGAUCGUCAUGAAGAGGUUUGUGUUUACCGGUGCAGCCUUGUCGAAACUGAAGGCUGUUGCUCGUGCCGGUGUGAAUGGAUCACGCCAACCGACACGACUCGAGGUGGUGACAGCAGUUAUAUGGAAGACUCUUACAAUGGUGGCUCGAGGGAAUGACGGUCGGUUAAGGCCUUCCAUCUUGUCACAUCCAAUUAACCUGAGAGGGAAGACAGCAAUGCCUAUACCAAAUAAUUCUUGUGGAAACUUCGCAACUUUGGCACUUUCACAUUUUACAGCAGAUAAGGAGAGCAAGGUGCAACUUCAUGACUUUGUAGAUAGAGUUCACAACGGAAUAAAGAAGAAGGUAGCAGAUUGUGCAAAAGUUUCAAGUGAUGAUGAGUUAUUUAGAAUGGCAACGAAGAUCGGAAUGGAGACGACGGAAGCAUUUAUCAAAGGCAAAGUGGAUUUCUAUAUCUUUAAAAGCGUGUGUCGGAUGCCAAUUUAUGAAGCAAAUUUUGGCUGGGGAAAGCCUGGUUGGUUUAGUGGAUGUAACACUGGUGUUGAGAUGGUUUUUCUUAUCGACACAAAAGAUGGUGAUGGAAUUGAGGCAUGGCUGAGCUUGGAAGAAAAUAGGAUGAUUCUUUUCCAGGAAAAUCCUGACAUUAAGGCAUUUACUGGCCAAGGACCGUAG